UCACACAUCAUUUUGAGCUCAUUUCUGUAUUUGGACAUGGUUACAUCUUCUCUCCUUACAUGUCAGCUGAGAAAAGAGUUUAUUCUCAAUACUUUGCACCAGGCAGGAGAUGUGGUUCUUGGUGGAUUGUUUGAGGUGCACUACACUGCUAUGUUUCCUAACAGAUCCUUUACCUCAGAACCUCAGCCACCUGUCUGCCUCGGUUUUGACACUUUAGGAUUCAGGCAUGCCUCGACCAUGGCUUUUACAGUAGAUGAAAUCAACAGAAGAUCUGAUUUGCUUCCUAACCUCACUUUGGGAUACAGUUUGUUUGAUAACUGUGGGGCUCUGGUGGUUGGUUUGAGCAGUGCACUGGCAGCAGCUGGUGGCCAGGAGCGACAAUAUGUACUUCAGGAAAACUGCACGGCACCUCCCCCUGUUAUAGCAAUAGUUGGUGAUCACUACUCAACGUUUUCCAUUGCAAUCUCAGAUGUAUUUGGUCUAUACAGAAUGCCUAUUGUGAGCUACUUUGCCACAUGCUCUUGUCUCAGUAACCGUCAAAAGUUCCCAUCUUUCUUCCGGACAAUCCCCUCUGAUGCUUUUCAAGUCCGUAGCAUGAUUCAGAUUUUGAAAAAUUUUGGCUGGACGUGGGUGGGCCUCCUGGUCAGUGACGAUGACUAUGGGCUGCAUGUGGCACAGUCUUUUCAGUCAGACUUGCCACAGUUUGGAGGAGGCUGUCUGGCUUACACUGAAACUCUGCCCUGGGACAGUGAUCCUGAGGAACUGAGGAGGAUUGUGCAUGUAAUAAAGACAUCAACAGCCCGGGUUGUCAUUGCAUUUGCACAUGAGAUCCACAUGAUUAACCUUUUGGAAGAGGUAGUGAGGCAGAAUGUAAUUGGUCUGCAGUGGAUGGCCAGUGAAACAUGGUCAACAGCGACAGUGUUGCAAACUCCCAAUCUCAUACCACAUCUUGCUGGAACAAUAGGCAUCGCCAUCCGCAGAGGAGAAAUACCAGGACUAAAGGAUUUUUUGUCAAACAUUAAGCCUGAAGCAUAUUCUAACAGACAUAACAUGGUUAAUAAAUUUUGGGAGCACACAUUUAAGUGUACGUUUGCUCCAGCUCCUGCAGAGUGGACAGAAGCUGGAGGAGCUUUGUGCACUGGACAUGAAGAUCUGCAGAACAUAGACACUGAGUUCCUGGAUGUGUCCAACCUCAGACCAGAGUAUAAUGUGUAUAAGGCUGUGUAUGCUUUGGCUCAUGCUCUGGACCAACUGCUGCGCUGUGAACCAGGGAGAGGGCCUUUCUCUGGGAACAGCUGUGCCACUCUGCACACACUGGAACCAUGGCAGCUGGUCCAUUAUUUACAAAAAGUCAACUUUUCCACCUCGUUUGGUGAUCAAGUGUCUUUUGAUGAAAAUGGUAAUGUCUUGCCAAUCUAUGACAUCAUGAACUGGAAUUGGUUGCCAAAUGAUCAAAUCUAUAUUCAGAAUAUUGGUGAGGUAAAAAUGACAUCUGCUGGAGAAGAUCUCAGAAUUCAUGAAAAUAAAAUAUUUUGGAAUUUUGAAAACAAACAGCCUCCUCGGUCAGUGUGCAGUGAGAGCUGUCCCGCAGGAAGCCGCAUGGCCAGACAAAGAGGUCAGCCUGUGUGCUGCUUUGACUGUAUCCUCUGUUCUGAGGGCACCAUCAGCAACACCUCAGGAUCUAUGGACUGCAGCGUGUGUCCAGAGGACUUCUGGUCCAGUCCUGCUCGUGACCAGUGUGUUCCUAAGAAAACAGAGUUCCUGUCCUACCAUGAGCCUCUGGGGAUCUGCCUGACCACAGCCUCACUGCUGGGAGCAUUUAUUUGUGCCGUUGUGUUUGGCAUCUUCACAUAUCACCGCAGCACACCACUGGUCAGAGCUAAUAAUUCAGAAAUGAGCUUCCUGCUCCUGGUGUCUCUCAAACUGUGUUUCCUGUGUUCACUGCUGUUCAUUGGACGUCCCAGACUGUGGACAUGUCAGCUGCGACAUGCAGCAUUUGGGAUCAGCUUUGUGCUGUGUGUCUCUUGUAUUCUGGUGAAAACCAUGGUGGUGCUGGCUGUGUUCAAGGCCUCAAAACCAGGAGGUGGCGCUAUUCUCAAAUGGUUUGGUGCACUACAGCAGAGAGGGACUGUUUUUACUCUGACCUUCAUUCAAGCUGUCAUCUGCGUCACUUGGCUGGUGACUGCUUCACCUGCUCCUCAGAAAAAUACUGACUAUCACACUGAUAAAAUAGUUUGUGAAUGUGUGGUUGGUUCAACAGCCUGGUUUAUUGUUUUACUUGGCUACAUAUAUUUUUUAGCUUUGUUGAGUUUUAUGUUAGCAUUUCUGGCCAGAAAUCUCCCUGAUAAUUUCAAUGAGGCCAAACUCAUCACGUUCAGUAUGUUGAUGUUCUGUGCUGUGUGGGUGGCCUUUGUCCCUGCUUAUGUCAACUCUCCAGGUAAAUAUGCAGAUGCAGUGGAGGUAUUUGCCAUCCUGGCGUCUAGUUUUGCCCUCUUGGUGGCGCUGUUUGGACCAAAAUGUUACAUAAUUCUUUUUAGACCAGAGAGAAACACAAAGAAAGGCAUUUUGAAUCAAACCUUAAGCAAAACCUCCAAGUAUCGUUGA